GUAAACACCUUCAUGGGGCCACAAACCGCCUGUGCGUGUAAAACCACCGCCGCUUCUCUCGUUCCUGAGUCGGGUGGCUGAUCGGAUCGCAACGCGCCUCGUAUCUGGUGGAAAGGGCAGAGGCUGCACAAAGGGGAUCGUUGUUGCCUGCAGAUGCCCGUCAGUGGUGCAGUCGCCCUUUGAAGGCUCUCCAAUCGCAGCGCAUAGCGCGACCGGGGAGGGCGGGGCUUGUCCCCCCCCCAUCUCCGCUCCCAGCGCCACUUUAGCUCCAUGUCCCACUGACUGGACGGCGACAAACCGCGCGGCGUGUGUUCCACCACGUCUCUCAACGCCGCCGGGACGCGGGCAGGUGAGGACUUGGCGCGCGGAUGCUCUGGACACGAGAAGCCAAGUGAUGCGCAACCCCAGGAGGUGCCCGUUUUGGGCAGGUGCGAGACCUGUGGCGCUCACAGGAUGAAGGACCAGUAGAUGUCUAAGAGGACCCCAGUGUGGAUGUGCAGCCCCUUAUUGUACUUCUACAUCACCAGCAGGCCUGGCCCACUUUGAGCAGCACAUGGAUGGAUCUCGCUGUAUAGGAGCUGACCUGCACUCAUGGAAUACAAAGCCCGCGCUGGUGAGCACGCCCGCCUGUCCGCCUCCACUCCUCCCCGGGAGCCUCUCCAGAGCCCUCUCCUCCUGACACAGCUUCUCCACUCGGACAUCCCCUGGUCGCUUCAAUCCCGCCUCGCCAUGAAGACGACUGCUCGGUGAUCUGGUGCCUGCGCACGCCCCCCGCCCCCCACGCACCGGAGACGCGCUAUAUUUGGAUCGGGCUUUUGUUGGCUACACACAGGAUUUAUCUGCGCCGCGGGCUUCCUUUGUGUCACGGGGCUUAACGCGGAGUGCUCGGACGGCGACGGAGCGGGGUGGGGGGCGGGGGUGGGGGGGAUUGGGGUGGGUGGUGGGGGGGCUUCUCUUCGCCUGCUGUUGCGCUCGGCGGCUCUCUUUGUGGCCGGGCCGUGAUGGCAGCCGGCCGCCUGGAGGCGCAAGACCACCCGGCCGAGAACGGCUUCACCCCGCUGGAGCACCCGGCGCCCCGGCUGCUGCCGCACAUCGACCGCACGGUCCUGCCGUCUUUGGGGGGUUUCGGGAAACAUCAGAAGCAGCUCGUGGUCCUGACCUGGAUACCGGCGUUGUUCAUUGGCUUUAGCCAGUUUUCGGAUUAUUUCCUCCUGGCCCAGCCCAAUGGAACGUGCCUGCAGCCCCUCACGAACGACAGCAACUGGACCGCCGGCUCCCCGCCGGUCACCGGCGGCGCGCCCGCGUGGCAACUCGCGGGCAACGGCACCGAGGGGGGCUACGGCGAAGGCGGCGGCGGUAUGCCGUGCGCCUGCAAGGAGUGGAAGCUGGAGCUGCAGACGGGACUCAGUCAGAAUGUGGUUACCAAGUGGAACCUGGUGUGUGACUCAGCCUGGAAGGUGCACAUUGCCAAGUUCUCUCUGCUGGUGGGCUCCAUAUUUGGCUACCUAGUGAUGGGUGUCAUGGCCGACUGGUUUGGUCGACACCCCGUGUUGAUUCUCUCGGUGCUUUUCAUGCUGGUGUUUGGUCUGAGUGUUGCCUUCUCUGUGAACGUCACCAUGUUCAGCACCUUGCGCUUCUUUGAGGGUUUCUGCUUGGCGGGCCUCGCUCUCUCCCUCUACGUGCUCAGGAUCGAGCUUUGUUUGCCAUCCUGGCGUUUCUCCAUGACCAUGGUGGCCAGUUUCCUGAUGGUGGGCGGGCAGCUUCUGAUGCCAGGGGUGGCCGCGCUGUGCCGCAAUUGGCCGGGCCGCGAUGACUGGCAGGUCCUGCAGAUUGUCAUAAUCAGCCCCUUUGUUCUGAUGCUGCCCUACGUCUGGCUUUUUCCGGAGUCGCUGCGCUGGUUGCUUGCCACCCAGCACUACAGGCGGUCCAAAGCCAUGAUGCUGCGUAUCGCCAGGAAGAACCAGGUCAACCUGAAUACCGAGCCGAGAGGCGUUCUGACGGAGCUGGAGCAGGAGCUGCACAAGAGGCCCCAACCGACCUGCAUUGUCAAGAUGAUGAGCACGAGGAACCUGUGGAAAAACAUCGUGGUGCUGUGCGUCAACUCGCUGACCGGUUACGGGAUCCACCACUGCUUCGCCCGCAGCAUGAUGGACCCGGAGGCCCAGCCCACGGCUUUGUGCCACGCAGACUAUUACACCAUGGCUGGCAUCGCCGUGGCAACAUGCCUGGCGGUUUGCCCCGCGGUGGGGUUGAUGGGUCGGCGGGGAGGGCUGCUCACCUUCAUGAUCAUCACAGCACUGGCGUCCCUUCUACAGCUGGGUCUACUCAACUUGAUUGGCAAGUACAGCCUUCGCCACGACACAGUUCUGCGGGACACCCUGAACAGGAAAUUCUCGGUGGCCUUCUCCAUCAUCGGCAUGUUCUCCUCCCACGCGGUCAGCACACUCAGCAUAUUCUUUUGUGCUGAAAUCACCCCAACUGUCAUCAGGGGUGGAGGACUGGGUCUGGUCCUGGCCAGCGCCGGCUUCGGCAUGCUCACCGCACCCAUCAUGGAGCUCCACAACCAGAAGGGCUACUUCCUGCACCACGUGAUCUUCGCCUGCUGCACCCUGCUGUGCAUCAUCUGCCUGCUGCUGCUGCCCGAGCCGCGGGGCCAGCCUUUACCCGAGAGCCUGGCCGACGGAGAGAGCUUCACCCGACAGACGCUGCUGCAUCCGGGGGAGCAGCACCUCCUCCUGGCCAAGACCGACGGGGACUACGCCCGCGUCCACGACACGCCGUUGCACCUCACGACCACCGGGGGCGCCACGGUGGCCGCGGCGACCGCUCUGGCGGCGGUGCCGGCCUCGUACUCGUUGGCCACCGGCGGGGAGGUGAUCGGAAACCAGGCCGUGGCCAACGGGGUGCGAGCGCCCGAGCAAUAAGCCUCCCACUGCGCCGGUUGUCGCUUCAGCAUCCAGCGACGAAUCUGGGACAACGCACAACUUUUAGGAGAAAAAUGAAUUAUUCGGAUGAACCAGACAAACUGUUUAAUGGUGACGGUAAUAUAUUUGUGUGCGUAGUUUUGUUGUGACUAUGAUUCAUUCAGGAGUUGCCAAAAGAAAAAAUAUUGUUCUUGAGCAAGUCCAUCUGAAGUCAGUGUGCGUUAAAUAAUUUGAAAGUGUUGUUUGGGGAGUUUGUUGCACUGCCGUCCGAGAAGGAUCGACAGGUAGAAGAAGCGGGCAAAGCGGAGCGGACCCUCAGAGUAACGUCCGCUCGGGGGACGUUUCCGUUUGCGGGUUUUGACUCGUUUGAGGGAGAAAAUUUCACUGCAUCUUGUAAUUCUUUAGAAGUUAUUUUGCACUAAAUGUCAGAGACACAAUCAAGUGUUUGUGAUGUUCAGCCGACUUGUUGGAGCACCAGGGAUUUGGCUAAACCACUAACACUCUCUUUUGCAUGAAAGGGCACAAAUGGUUUGACAUGUUUCCUUUUUUUGAUUUGGUAUUUGUUGUUCCUCUGCUAGAAGUCUGUUGUGGCACUUUCUCCUCACAGACGAGGUCAGUGUAGACACAAGAAAGCAUUACCGCUAUAUUGGUGUAUGAUGGUUGUCGGAUGGGACCAACAGCCGGAGACCUUUGGCAGAUUCCACGUGCAGCUCGUAGAGACGGGCGAGUGGCGCUGAAUAAAACCUGAGAGUUGAACGGACAUGAGAGUUUACCAGUCGAGUGUGCAACCGUAUGUCUUAUGACGCUUCUCAGCAUUUCAAUGGCUUUAUCAUGAUGGCUCUGUUACUCUUUUUUUUUUAAUUUUUUAAAGGAACAGAGGAUUUCAAUUCAAGGUAACCAGUAUUUAUUUUCUCCUGCUCCCAAGGGCAGUUUUGUUGCUUGAAAUACCUUCUAAUUAGCAGAUAUUUCCACUCCCUCUCAUUGUUCUCUGUACUGUGGUAAUGUUGUGAUCCUGCUCCGAGGAUGUGUAACUAUAGCCAGAAAGCACAAUAUUUUACAGUUUUUUUAAAUAAGCGUUUGUGAAGAUUAGAAUAGAGCAGCGCAGCCUGCACAGACCUGGCCUAGAUGUGAUCGGUGUACAAUAAUACACUUUACUAGAUAAGUAUCCUUUAGGACUGCAUACAAAUGUAAUGUAUGGAUACAUGUACCAUUCAUAAUGUAGGGACCAUCAACUUUACUUUUAUAGGAUACAAGAUCUUUGAAUGGAUAAACCAAUUUUCAUUCAUAUAGACAAUAUUCAUGUGUAGUACACAGCACGUAUUUUGAACACCCUGUACCGUAUACUAGUUUGUAUGUUUUCAAAAGUGAAAAAAAACUCAACCACUAAUGCGGUUUUCUUAAUGGUAUUUUUUUAAUAUGACGCAUUUGUACAAAAAGCCAUAGGCCUACAUGUUUUGAUAAUAAACCACUUAAUUUAUUGUGUCAAUAAAAGAACACUUGAUGUGACAGUUUGUGGUGAUUCUUGUUGUACCACGACAGUGUCUGCAGGAGUUCCAAAUGGAAGAAACGCUACUUCUACCCCUCUUCCCAUCUUAUCCUCAGCUCUACACAAAACAGGAGUAAAUAAUCGAAUGUGAUCAAAAGUGUUCAGGGUGAAGCUCCACCUCCUUUUUGAUCCUCUGCUCCACCGAAAGACUGAGGUUGGAGUCCGUCAUCGGAAGACUGUAACUCACAAACACUUGCUUUUUGGUCUUCUUUGCUGCAAGACAGACAGACACAGACCGUUACCUCCCGUUUAGUUUGGAUUGUAAAAUGAAUUGUUUGCUUUACAACACAAUUACACUAGAGUCAGACUAAGAGGUUUGUGGAGAUCUGAAAGGAAUUAUUUUUAAAAGCCUUUUUAGAAUGACAAACAUCGUAGAAAGCUUGCAACAACACGUCUGUGUGUUUAUCACACAUUUAAUGAAAUGAUGCGAGGGUUGAAGAUCUACUUGAAAAGAUGAAUUGACAUGCGACCGGUGAAGAACUUAGUUAAUAAUUCAAAUCCAUAAUAUAAAUCAAAUGUACAUAGCACCUGAAUAUCAUGUGUAACAAGACUACAUACAACUGUAAAAUGGACAAAGAAAGUAACUGUCUGAAAAUGCAUGUUGUCAUGUUGUUGAAAACAAAAUAAAAAGUGAGUUUAAAAAAAUAAAUAAUAUAAAUCAAA